UAAACAAUUUCGGGUUAAUACUAAUGGAAGAAGUAUGAAAAUUAUUCACCUGUAGGAUUUGCAUUUUAAGAUUCAAAUGUAGGAGAUGCCAUCAGCUCCUCCCAAACCCUUAAUAUAAACAUCGACAGAUGAACCAGCCAAAUUGUCUGUAGCCUCGACUUCAGAUUCUGUUCCUCUUUAAACGUCAAAUUAUGACUUGAAUCGAGCAUCUCAUCCUAAAGCGUGCAUUUUCACAUGUCUAUUCAAAGCACUCGCAUUGAUGUUCUACCUCAUUUUCGGGGAAAGCAUUUGGUCAUUCAUAUUGGUGAUUAUUUUUUCCGCAUUCGACUUUUGGACUGUUAAGAAUAUCACUGGAAGGUAUUCGUAUUCUUGCUAGACGUAGAUUGUUAGUUGGUUUAAAGUGGGAGAAUAUCAUUAUGGAAGAUGGGUCUUCAAAAUGGGAAUUCUACUCCCUCCCGAAUAAAUAGGUGAAUGCAGUCGAUAAAACCUUUUUUUGGACUGCUCAGUUAGGCUUUACUUUGGCUUGGGGAGUGUUUACUUUUUCAAAUAUGGUCUCAUUUACAUUAAUGAAAGUAUUUAGGAUGACUAAAUUAGUUUGUUAUCGACAUAAUAGGGUUGUCGUUGUGUUGGACCAAUCUGGUCGGAUACUACAAAUGCAAUGGAGAUCACAAAUAGAAAGUGAAAGAUUUGUAAGGGGAUAUUACAAACAAGGUAGUUACUAAUUUUGUUGGUUAAAUGAUGUCUAAAUGAAAAUAAAUUAUAUGUAUAAUUAUAAAUAUUAAUUUGGAG